AGGCACUCAUAGGAGAGUCACUUACCAUCUGGACUAGCAGUGGGACAGAAGAACUGUGAACUGCACCUGUCCCAUACACACAGACACACACACACUCAGGGGAGAGAUCACACACAGCCUUUAUGUGUGGCUGGGACCAGAACCUCCUGGCUGCCUCUGAUCACAGCUCGGCCAUGUUGACUACGGAGGGAGCAACCUACACCACUGACAAUGAGGAGCUCAAGAUGGACAUACAAGAUGUAGACAUGACAAAAUGGACGGAGGCAGAGUUUGAGGAGAAAUGCACAUACAUUGUGAAGGACCACACCUGGGAGGAUCCCCCAGAGAGUGUGGACCUCACCCGGGCUGAGGAGUCGUUACCCAGAAACCUGGCCUUCAAACACCCGCAGGACUCCAAAGAGCAGGUUAUUGGAGUAGUAAGCAGAGAAUACAUCCCCAAAGGCACUCGCUUUGGCCCCCUAGUGGGAGAAAAUUACACUGCAGAAGACGUCCCUAAAGAAGCUAACAGAAAGUACUUCUGGCGGAUAUACUCAAAUGGAGAGUUCCAUCAUUUUGUGGAUGGUCUUGAUGAGGAGAAGAGCAACUGGAUGCGUUAUGUAAAUCCAGCUCACUCCCAGCAGGAACAGAACCUUGCUGCCUGCCAAAACGGCAUGAACAUCUAUUUCUACACGGUGAAGGCCAUUCCUGCAGAACAGGAGCUGCUGGUGUGGUACUGCCCUGAAUUCGCUCACCGUCUCAACUACCCUGCCUCAGGCGAGAUUAUGAUGCAGAAACUCAAACAGAGCCUGAUUGAAGCCAAGCAGCAAGCAACUGAAGUGAAGAACCCAGUUAAAAGAGAUCACAGCGUUUCUGAGAUUUUGAAGGACGUCCUGCAAGAACCCAGCAGACCCCUUCCCACUUGUCCCAGUUGCCCCAACAUCCCAGAUCGCCCUCUUUACCCAAGUGCUGUCUACCCACUCCGUCUCCCCCUGAACGAGGAUCUCUUGAAGAGUAGCACAGCGUUCGGCCUCCCGACACGCUCUCACAGACAGUUUUCAUUGACGCCAUGUCCCUCAGUGCACAGCAGUCCUGUGAGCAGUCCUGAAAGCAGUCCUACAUCAGCAUCCCUUGAACAAAGAGACACCCUGCUCUCCUUCUCUCCAGCUCUCUACAGUCGUGGCCUGGGCCACUACCCUGGCUACUCACCAGCAGGCCGGAUGUCAUUCUACUCCAACCCGCACUAUUCACGCUACCUCAUGCCCCACUACCCUGUUAGUAGUUUAGCUGGGUCACCUUCUUUGGGGGGUAUGUUCCCACACAUGUACCCCUUUUACAGCAGCUUGGUACCCCCACAUGUACCCUUCCCACCUGGAAUGCUUCCAUCUGAGGGUGGCCGACAGUUUCCACUACCAGAUUCUCCGGCUCCCAGAGACAUCCUGCUCCCAGCGGCCACCAGUGCCUUCUCUGCGGCUACUUCUCUGAAAGCCAAACCACUUCAUGGACAUGGGCAACCCUAUGCUGCUGCCGGUGGCUCCCCAACAGCUGGUUCUGCAGCCUCUACAGGUCGUCUUCCUAUUAAGCCUACCUCAGCUCUUUUGGGUACCAUUCGCUCAGAGGAUGAGGCUAUCGACCUCAGCAAGAUUAACCGAGGCUCCACAGGCUACAAAAGCCUAGAUUACCCAUUGAAAAAACAGAACGGGAAGAUCAAAUAUGAGUGUAAUGUCUGCAGCAAGACAUUUGGUCAACUGUCCAAUCUCAAAGUGCACCUCCGAGUCCAUAGCGGUGAGCGACCCUUUAAGUGUCAGACCUGCAAUAAAGGUUUCACCCAGCUUGCCCACCUGCAGAAACACUAUUUGGUCCACACAGGAGAGAAACCCCACGAAUGCCAGGUGUGUCAUAAGCGCUUCAGUAGCACCAGCAACUUGAAAACCCAUUUACGACUGCACUCUGGUGAAAAGCCCUACCAAUGCAAGAUCUGCCCAGCCAAGUUUACUCAGUUUGUCCAUCUCAAGCUGCACAAACGCCUGCACACGCAAGACCGUCCGCACCAGUGCCCGCAUUGUCACCGUAACUACAUCCACCUCAGCAGCCUGCGGCUCCACAUCAAAGGCUACUGCUUAGCAAACUCUCCUUCUCCCAACUGCAGCCUGGACGAACUCAAUCGUGUCAACGAGGAGAUCGAGCAUUUCGACAUCAGCGAUAAUGCUGACAGGCUAGAAGAAAUGGAGGGAUUUGAUGUAGAGAGCAUGGCAGAGAAGAAGAUUUUUGGGCUGCUUUGGCAGGAGAUAGAUUUUAAGGCCUCUUACCACAAAGGUAGCACUAGAAGAGACCUCCACUCCCCAUCACCGCCAUUAUCUGCAUACUGUCUGAGCGAGUCUGGCAGUGAGGCCUCUGUCAUCAAGGUGCAUUGUAGUAGCCCGCUCCCGCUCCUACCUAUCAAGGUUAAAAAGGAGACAGAGGAGGCCAUGGAAACCUAGCCAACUACAGCCUUGCUCUAGGCCAGAUAAUGGACAGCCACAAGUGUAUAUAAUUCUUCACAAAGAUAUCAGGCUUUGGCCUUUACGUUCAGGGACUUGAACUGCUCAGGGCUAAAAGACAUUGAUCUUGUUCAUCAGUGGUCCAGUAUGUCCUACACAAAUGAUAAAGACAAUCAUAUUCUUUUAUUAAUAGUAUUUUUUCUUAAUAUUAUUUCCUCUUCUUUGCGUUUACUUCAGUUUAUGUAACCUAUUUAAUUUAUUGUUCACAUGUCAUCCUUCUAAAGCAAUACAUGAAAAUAAUGUUUACAAUGACUGGUUAAUUCAUUGUAAUUUUUAUAUAUUUUUCCUACUAUAUUGCCAUUCUUUUGUGGAUAGUUUCUAAGUGUAGAUAGUGUCCCGGUUGACUGUGAUUUCAUGUGUGACUGCAACGAGCUUACCACAUUCAGGUUUAUUUUUAUUAUGGGCUGAGGUCAGACGUAGACCUUUUUGUUGAAGGCGUUUUGUACUCCUAAAGAGGGGGAAGAGGAGAGGUCAGAGGAUACAUAUCUAUGUGUACAUGUUUUACAUAACAUUUAUUAUCUUUGAGCUCUACACAAAAUAUAAUGAACACAAAAGGGCAUAUUAUAUAUUACCAACAACUCUUACCUCAAAAUGUGUGUGUUUGUUUGUGUGUGUGUGUGUGUGUGUGCGCAUGUGUGUGUGCGCGCAUGUGUGUGUGUGUGUUGUGUCAGAGGCAUAUGUGAUAUUUAUUUUACUACUUGAAGAGGAAACCAAAUGUCCCAAUGUGCAGAUCUACAUGUGGUCCAAAGAACAGCAGUUAAAAGUCUGGCUGUCACACACUGGCUGUGCGAUUGACACUGACUGAGCAUUUUCUCACUUAUAUGUGGCACGUUACUGAUACCAAAAUGAUAAAGAAUUGAGAAUAUGGGGCUGGUUACCAAAGUGAUCUCUCUUGUUUGUUUUCAGACUGUGUAAAUUACACAGAGAUGUGUGCAGAUGCAGUGUACAGUACAUCUGUUCUGUGAGUCUGUUGUGAUGUUUGUAGACACACAUCACCCUGGCCUUUGUAUGCACUGGUUCUAUUUGUCUUAUGUUUGUACUUUAUUUUUGUUCAUAAAAUAUUUUGUCCAGCGAUAUAGUGGGACAAUAAAUCAACAUGUGGUUGUAGCAUCUCAUACACUUUCUGUUCUUAAAGUUUGACCAAAGU